CAACCCUGUCUCUUAAAUUCAUCACCACCGCGCCUCUUCUCCCGUCACAUCUUCACUCCUGCAAUCGCAUCCUCUCCAUCUUCCCCGAAGAAACCAGGAACCCGCUGUUAUGAUGGCGCUCAAUCCCCAGGUGACGAACUUGGUCAUUAUCUUGGGCUUCAUGCAGCUCUCGAAAAAGAUCGACUUUGAGGACCCCAACGUGCUCAUUGGCGUGCGCGCGCUAUACGUUGUCUCCAACGUCCUCAUCGCGGGCAUAUACCUCUAUGUGCAGAGCCAGAUAAACAAGAAGAGAGACAUGACCGUCCUGAAAUACGUCGAGCCCGCGCCCAUGGGCAGCGGCGAAGACCCCAAGCCCGUCAACACGACCGUGCACGCCUACGACCUCUCCCAACUCAAAGGGCUCUACAAGGCGCAGCUGAUGGGCGUCGGCAUGAUGGCCGUCAUGCACUUGUACUUCAAGUACACCAACCCGCUCCUGAUCCAGAGUAUCAUCCCGCUCAAGGGCGCCUUCGAGGGCAACCUGGUUAAGAUCCACCUGUUGGGCCAGAGCGCCACAUCGGGCGACCUGAAGCGGCCGUGGAAGACGUCGGGCGGCAUCAUGGGCGCGAUGCAGGGGGGUGAGAUUAAGACGGAUAAGAAGAGCGUGGAGGCCGCGGAGAGGGCGGGGAGGGGAGGGGCGAAGGAGGAGUAGGGCUGUUGAGUCUUCGGCGAUGCUGAUGAGAGGGUUUGGGAGGGGGUGGGAUGGGAGUGUGCUGAUGGGUUGAAGCCGGUUGGUGAUGCUUGUGUAGAUGGCCUUGCUUGGUUGCCACAAAUGGCCGAGGACUACGGAGGCAGUCGUGGUAUUGAUAGAAUUCAUGCUGUUUCUUCAAGACCUUUUUUUCAAAGCAUUUCGACACUAGCGGCCCAGUCAGGUUCCGAAUAUCCCAAUCACCAGCAAUCCGUACUUGACCUACAACGUACAAAUCUUUACAUUCACG